UGGCCGCAACACUGGCCCAAAAUUAAAAAUAAAGUGAAACACUGGCCGAAAACAAAAAGUGAAAGUGUCAAAAUGAAUUUAAAUUUCGAACAACACAAUGAAGUGUCCACGUCGUUUCCUAAAAUGGAAUACGACUGCAAAACUGAGUACUACAAGUUCGAGGAAAAAGAGGUAAAACCUGUUUUCUUCGAUCAAAAGAGUGGACUGAAAAUAGAAGAAACCAUGAAUCCUAACACGUCAUUCUACGUCAAAGACAUAUUGAAUAUAAACCAGACGCCGUACUACGACCGAAAUGAUAUAUGGCGGGCCGACAGGGAACGGAGAAACGAAUAUGAGUACCAAAAUCAAUACUGUCCAGAAUACUUCACGCCGUACCCAAAUAUACCCGUCCACAACGUAGAGUCUUAUUGGAACCCAGAAAUAUACCACGAGACCAAAAUCGAUGACUACUACAACUACAAUCAGUACUGCCAUAAUAUUAUGUACCACCAGAACCCUGAGUAUACGGACAACAACGAACAAAAGCCAGACAAUGUUGAGAGAGAAGUACCUCCACCCCCUGGUAUCAUCAGAAUACCUGACAGAACCGAAGAAGUGGAACAAAAAUGUACCACAUACCAGCCAGACAUGUUACAGACGUAUCAAGCUAUUGCACGACGAAAUACAAAAACUCCGUCCUGCACAUCCAAAGACAAGAAAGACAAGAACGUGAAACGGAAACCGAGGAUACUGUUCUCCCAGACGCAAGUCCACGCCCUAGAAGUCAGGUUUAGGGCUCAAAGGUACUUGACUGCACCAGAAAGGGAGCAGCUGGCGAAAACCCUUUCCCUUUCUCCCACCCAGGUGAAGAUCUGGUUCCAGAACCGAAGGUACAAGAGCAAAAGGAUAAAGUCUCCGGAAGUCUCCACUUCCACAGAUGCAAAACCAAAUAAAACCGGCCGGAAAUUGUACAAACCAGAGACCAGAGAGGAGCAAAUGAUGUACGAACCCUUAAAAAACGAACGAGACCAAGUGACGACGAGCUUUUUCGAGGACAGCUUCUAUGAGGCCAAAUAUCCAGCAUAUUACAGACAGGACGCGUCCAUCUCGUCUACGAAUAUAGAGAUCUAUCCUCAAGCGAAGAAAGACGAGAUAUUGUAUGAUGAGACGGACGUAAAAAAAUUCUAUCCUAACUAUGUUUGUUGACAGUGAAAUCAUAGACAAUUUUAUUCUUCCAAAUAUAAAAUUACAUUU